UUUCGUUUGCUUCGAUCUAUGGCCUCUCCACUCUUUCAUUAUUUUUUCUAUUAGUUUCCAUUCACCACCAUGUCUGUGGACUGGACCACCGCGCCCGCGAGCGCUGUUCGGCAGCAGUUUGUCGACUUUUUCGUCUCAAAGGGCCACGAGUUUGUCCCUUCGUCGUCCGUCAUUCCCCACGACGACCCGACGCUGCUCUUUGCCAACGCCGGCAUGAACCAGUUCAAGCCCGCCUUCCUCGGAACCGCCGACCCCAACUCUCGCAUGGCCAAGUACCGCCGCACCGCCAACUCGCAAAAGUGCAUCCGCGCUGGCGGCAAGCACAACGAUCUCGAGGAUGUCGGCAAGGACGUCUACCACCACACAUUCUUUGAGAUGCUGGGCAACUGGUCGUUUGGCGACUACUUCAAGAAGGAGGCCAUCAGCUGGGCGUGGGAGCUCCUCACCGUCGUGUACAAGCUCGACCCCAACCGCCUGUACGUGACCUACUUUGGCGGCAACGAGAAGGCCGGUCUGGAGGCCGAUCUCGAGGCUCGCGACAUUUGGCUCAGCGUCGGCCUGCCCGCCGAGCGCGUCCUCCCCUACGGCAUGAAGGAGAACUUCUGGGAGAUGGGCGAGACUGGCCCGUGCGGUCCUUGCUCUGAAAUCCACUUUGACCGCAUUGGCGGCGGCCGCGACGCUGCGGCCCUCGUCAACGCCGACGACCCAGAUGUGCUCGAAAUCUGGAACUUGGUCUUUAUUCAGUUCAACCGCGAGGUCGACCAGUCGCUCCGAAAACUGCCCCGCUGCCACGUCGAUACCGGCAUGGGUCUUGAGCGCAUUGUCUCCGUCCUCCAGAACAAGCGCUCCAACUACGACACUGACGUCUUUGUGCCGUACUUUACCGCCAUCCAGGCUGCCACCGGCAUUCGCGCGUACACUGGCAAGGUUGGCGCUGACGACACUGACGGCCUGGACAUGGCCUACCGCGUCGUUGCCGACCACAUUCGCACCCUCACCAUCGCCCUCGCCGACGGCGGCGCCCCCGGUCCCACCGGCCGCGACUAUGUGCUCCGCCGCGUUCUCCGCCGCGCCGUCCGUUACUGCGCCGAGAAGCUUGGCGCCAAGCCCGGCUUCUUUGCCUCGCUCGUCGACGUUGUCGGCACCUCGCUCGGCGGCUUCUUCCCCGAGCUCGUUCGCUCGCCCCAGGACAUUAAGGACAUUAUCAACGAGGAGGAGGCGCAAUUCCGCAAGACCCUCGACCGCGGCAAGCGCCUGUUUGAGCGCGCUGCCGCCGCGUCCAAGAACGGCGUCAUUGAGGGCCUCGUUGCCUGGCGCCUGUACGACACGUACGGCUUCCCCCUCGAUCUCACCGAGCUGAUGGCCGCCGAGCUCAAGCUCACCAUCGACAAGCCCGGCUUCAAGAUUGCCGAGGCCGACGCCAAGGAGGCUUCCAAGGGCAAGGUCGACGAGGCCGAGGAGACGGUCGUGCUCGACGUCCACAACAUUAGCGCCCUCAAGGACAAGGGUGUCCCCGCCACCGACGACUCGCCCAAGUUCAACUACCGCUCGGAGAACGACAAGUACACGUUCGAGUCUGCAGUCGGCUCGAUCGUUGCCAUUGCUCUCGGCAAGGAGCUCGUCUCGACCGUCGACUUUGAGUCGCUCAAGGGCGCCAAGGUCGGCAUUGUCCUCGACAAGACCAACUUUUACGCCGAGCAGGGCGGCCAGAUUUUCGACACUGGCUUUGCCACGCGCGUCGACAACGAGGCGUCCGAGUUUGCCAUCGAGAGCGUCAAGGUCUACGGCCCGUACGUGCUCCACGUCGGUCGCCUUCAGGGCGGCUCGCUCUCCAUUGGCGACAAGCUCACGCUCAGCAUUGACGACAUUCGCCGUCUCCCCAUCAUGGCCAACCACACCACCACGCACAUGCUGAACUUUGCCCUGCGCGAGGUCCUCGGCAACAGCGUCGACCAGAAGGGCUCGCUCGUCCGCCCCGACAACUUCCGCUUUGACUUUAGCCACCCCAAGGCCGUCUCGACCGAGGAGCUCCGCAAGAUUGAGAAGAUUGUCAACGACAUUAUUGAAAAGAACGAGACCGUCUACCGCGUCCCGACCGCACUGCACCUUGCCAAGGAGGUUGCCGGCCUGCGCGCCGUCUUUGACGAGGUCUACCCCGACCCCGUCCGCGUCGUGUCUGUCGGCGUCCCCGUCGAGAAGCUCCUCGCCGACCCGGCGUCCGCUUCCUGGAAGGGCUACUCGAUCGAGUUCUGCGGCGGCACGCACAUUGACCGCACCCGCGACGCCCGUCGCUUUGCCAUCUUCCGCGAGGAGGGCAUUGCCAAGGGCAUCCGCCGCAUCUCGGGCAUCACCGGCAAGGAGGCCAUCGAGGCCUACAAGACUGCCGACAAGCUCGAGGCCAAGGUCAAGCAGGUUUCCGAAAUCCCCAUCGGCCAACUCGGUCGCGAGCUUCCCUCCCUCAUCGAGUCGGUUGACACUGCCGUCAUCCCCAGCUUCCGCAAGGACGAGAUCAAGGCCGCCAUUGCUGCCAUCAGCAAGCGCGUGAGCGACCAUGAGAAGGCCCAGCAAGCCGAGCAGACCAAGAUUGCCACUGCUGCUGUCAAGGAGCGUAUUGAUGCUGGCGCCCCCUUCGUUGUUGCCUUUGUUGACAUUAACGGCAACCGCAAGGCCAUGUCUGCUGGUCUGAGCGCUGCCAAGGACGCCGCUGGUCUCCUUGUCUCCAAGGACGGCGAUUCCAUCAUUGCUGUUGCCAGCGUGCCCAAGGCACUGGUUGGCAAGAUUAAGGCUGGCGAGUGGGUUACCGAGGCUGUCAAGAGCCUCAGCAACACCAAGACCGGUGGUGCUGACACUGUUGGCCAGGCCAGCGGCACUGGCAGCGAUCACGCUGCAGUCAUCGACGCUGCUACCAAGUUUGCUGCUGCACGCCUGCAGUAAAACAAACAAAAACAAACAUUGAGUGCGUUUUCGUUUCCAUCGAAUCGUCGUGUUGCCUUGCCCGUCUUGGAUUCCUUCUCGCUUUGUCACUUGAAUAUCAUGCAAUGAAGUCAAACGAGUGCACUAGACAAACAGCAACCGGGG